UGCAACAUGUGGACUCAGAAGCAAAAUGCAAAGCAAAUCAAUGUUUGGAGGAGGAAAUCUCCAAGUAAAAAGUAUCUGUUGCUUCUCUCAUACUCAAAGGAUAUUGUUGUAGAUUUAUUUGUUGAAGUCUCUGCCGAGUAUACUUGGUGACUUUAGUGCCAUGGCGGAUGUAGAUUUUACACUGACUGUAUCGAGACUAUCCUCGCUGGAGAAAUUGCUAAAAUGUCCUUUAUGUGUUUCAACACUUACCCAGCCAAUCACCAUCGAACAGUGUGGUCACAACUUCUGCAGACAAUGUGUUGUGCGUCAUCUCUCAGCCAACACAAGGUCGGAAUGUCCCGUCUGCAAGAUGGCAAUCUGGACAAACAAUCUUCAGCCGAAUCGUCAGAUUGAUACUGCUGUGAACCUCAUCUCUCAGUUGCGUUCUAUACUGGAUACUAGUCCUGGACAUGAUGAUAGCUUCUCAAAAUCACCCUGUAGAGCAUCUGCAGCUACUGGUGCGCAAACAUCACCAGGAAGCUCCAUUGUCAGUCCACUGCAGACCCCGUCUAGACGCACUACCAGUUCGUCACCGUCAUCGUUAUCACCUGUCGCCAUCCAAGCAAGUUCUGCUGCAGCAUCUUGUAGUCAGCAUGACUCCGCAGUAACUGCAGCAUCAUCUCCACCUCUGCUGGCAGCAGUCACAGCAGCAGCAGCAGCAGCAGGUUCAGCUUCAAUAGCAAUAGCAGCUGUGACUACCAUCUCGCCAGCUUCAUCCGCUCAACGCUCAUCUCCUGUCCAGUCACGGUUGCAGUCACCUGUUUGUGUACUCUCUGGUGAUACUAACACUACUCUGGCUGGUGCACCCAUCGGUAAUGACAGAGCUAGCAGCAGCAACAACAACAGUGUAGGUACAGAUGAUGUUAGUCAUGUUAUCAAGGAAGCCCGCCAUGAUCCGCUCCAACAAGGUCCUAUCACUACCGAGCAUCCUAGUGGCAAGGUGAAUGACGACAUCACAGUGCCACUCGUGCCUGCUGAGCGCAUGCUUUCAGGACUGACCACUGCAGGAUCUACGUCAGCCGUGUCUGCAUCAUGCGACGACUAUCCUGCCAUUGCCAGUGGCAAUGCACAACUGCAGUCACAAUCUGCUGCUGCUGCUGCUGUCAAAGUGAACAAGGAGCAGCAUCAGUCACACGACGUCACCACCAAACACGUAAAGCAGAUGGGUGAUCAGAUUGUCGAUCAAUCUGAACAUAUGACAAGUGAGUGUGGCGAAGUACUGCCUCUGACCAACAAAGAUAGCAGUGUUGUACAAACAGCGAUAAUCACCCCGAGCAGUGUCUCCCCCUCUCAUAGUACGGUGGCUGGUGACGGCAAGGGUUACGCGUCAGUGAAUGUUAAUGAGCUGGCCACCACCCAUAAUACCGGUGGUGCUGUUGCUGCUGCUGUGUCUGCUGAUGGCAGUGGUAAUGUAAAGAGCAAUGACUACGUCGGUAGUAGUUCCUACCCGGGCACCGCCACUACGACAAACACUGACGGGAAUGGUGACGGCGAAACGUGCAAUAGCGAUGCCAGCGACAGCGACUCCGGUGGCAGUGUGUCGAGUAAUGUAGGUGGCUUUCCGUUUUCCCAGUCACAAUCCGUUAUGGCCAGUCAGCAACUAGUUAGAAGAGCCUAUGCUCGGCGCACUUAUGCCAGUCACCAGCGGCGCAAACCUAGCAGCAAAGCUUGUGGAAAGAGCAGUCGCCGCAACCCUAGGCAAACGCAGCAAGAUGGCACCAGCGGCGUACGUCACCGACGACAGCUAGUCAACAGUCGUGUGACCGGCUUCAGAAGUCUGUCUGAUGUCACUGAAGAUUCAUCGGCAAUACCACCACCUAUGGCGGGGAGUGCAUUGUCAAAGCCAGCAGCAGCAGCAGAAGCAGCGGUCGCAGGUACAUCCGGUUUGUCAAAUGACGCUACUAGCACGGUCACUAGCACUGCUGAUGAUGCUGCUGUAGCUGCUGCUGCUGCUGCUGCUGUUGCUGAUGAUGAUGGUGACGCUGUACUGGCAUGUAGCGGUACCAGCACUGGUAGCCUGAAGGGAAGGACACCACCACGCAAACGUUCUGUCUUGGCGCGUUCUGGUACUAAGUCCAAAGAUAGCACGAAUUGUCCGCGAUGUGGCACACAUUUGGCAUCGUCUCGCUACCUUAGCCGUCACCAACUUACUAUGCAUUGCAGGCAGAUGUCACUGAUGAACAGCACUGGCGCUAGGAACAGCAGCAACAGCAAUACCAGCAGCACUGCCACCGUCGUUGCCAGCAGCAGCAGCAACAGUAGCAGCAGUACUACCAUGGCUGACAAUGCACAGAAGGCAAGACCGCGACCGCGUGGACGUCCUCCUGGGGCGCGCCAAGCCGCUAACGACAAGGCACGUCCAGGGAAGAGCCGACGGCAAGGCGUGAAGUCCAGGAUUGGGAAAACGCAAGCCAAUCCUAACAGUGAUACCAUUGCUGAGUCUAAGGAGAGCGAUACAGAACGUGAAAGAAAACAAUCCACGAAUAGAAGUAUGCAUACUCGGUCGAGAACUAACAGUGUGUGUGAGACGAACGGCACCUGUACCAGCAAGACUGCACGCCAAUCUGCUGCCGUAAAGGCCAUUCUCAGUGAUAAUGCUGCUAGCUCGGGCACUGGCUUGUGUCAAGAUUCUGUUGAUGGGUCUGCUGUGGUGAGGCCAACACACGUUGAUCAGUCACCAUCAUCCACUAUGGUUGGUGUUGAUAGGAAUGAGGUUACCACCGGGCAGUGUGCUGAUGACAAUGAUGCAGCCACUGCUGACUUGAGUAUGUGCUCACACAGGAUUAGCUCUUCCCAGCCUUGCUCGGGAUCAGCUGGUGAAGAUACCGGGUGUAUGCCGGACUUGCAACGUACUCCAAGCAUCAACCUACGCCGACACUCCGAUUUGCCAUCUAGCCUGAGCAGUGUCGAUGGAGCUGAUUGCAAAACAAACGCUUCUGGAGCCCAGCAGACAGCUUCCAGCAAUGCUGAUCGAACUGGCGGGGGGAAGGCGAAUGAACACAUUUCUGAUGUCGACCAGCUGUGCCAUGCUAGCAACACUCAGCAAGGCCGUAGUCGUACACGUCGUUCUCUGUCAUCGUUUGAUUUUGAGAAUGAUUUCACCACCACCAUGCAGCAGCAGCAGCAGCAAUCACCCGCAUCAAGCCGUGGACAACGAGAGGGUAAAGGCCGCAAACGCGUUGCUUCAGCCCCGUCAGAGCUGACUCUUGCACCAGCAAAGAGACGUCGAUCAGCAGCAGCCACUGGUACAGCUACUGCGACACCACCAGCAGCAGCAGCACCAGCAGCAGCGACAGCAGCAUCGACAACAAAACGCUCUAGAAGGACAUCAAGCAAUGCCAGCAGCAGCAGCACUAUCGGCUGUUCCUCUACACCUGAGCCAGUGUUGGGUGAUAGGCACCGCCGGCACCAGUCUAAUCGUUCACCUCACACUGCUGCUGGUGUACCGAGUAGUCGUAGUGUGCCAGAGGGCAGCACUCCUGCGUCCAGCGCUACUCCCUCCAUUGCCAAGCAAGCAAGAAGAAGAGGGAGUUCCUCCACACCUAGCCCAGCCUCUGGCACAGCGACAAACAAGAGGAGCACUAGAAAGCGUUCUCACUCCACAGACUCCCAGGACAUCACGCCUGCAGCAAGCACUGUGGUGACUCCAGCAGCAACUCGCACUGGCAACGGGUCAACAGCAACUGUAACCACUCCAGCAGCAACUCACACAGGCAACGGGUCAACAGCAGCAGCAGGCACAACAAGAAAAGGUGUGGCGGCGGCUAAGCGGCCAUCUCACCAACGCAGUUUGUCUUGUGAAGCUGCCGUCCCUGCUCGCCAGCGUAGAUCAACUGGUCGGCAAAGACAGGCAUCUGGUACAUUGCCAGUAUUGGCAAUAGCAACACCGAGUAGACGUUCAGGACGUCAGGCGUCCCACAAGUGGAAGAAUGCUAAGGGUGAAACCCACCUUCAUGUUGCUGCUGUCAAGGGUAAAGUUGAGGAAGUGCAGCGUUGGAUUACUGCCGGUUGUGAUGUCAAUGUCAAAGAUCAUGCUGGAUGGACCCCUUUGCAUGAAGCAGCGGUGCGUGGCCAUCGUCUAGUUGCAGAGUUGCUACUGGACAAUGGUGCAUUGAUCAACUGUCCUGGGCAUGACAAUGACACAGCUCUACAUGAUGCAGUCAUGAAUAAUCAUGUUGAUCUAGCCAAGCUACUGGUGGCAAGGGGGGCAUCUACUGCUGUAAGGAAUAGCCGGGGAUGUACUCCACUGGAGCUUUGCUUAUCUAGUGAGAUGCAGAAGGUGCUGUCAAGCAGCUGCAGCAAUGGUAGCCAACACGACCAGAAGCUAGUAGCACAGCAGCAGGCAGCUCAUGACCUACAGACGUCACCCAGUGCCCGUGACAACACAAAUACUGUUUGCAUCAUCGCAUCUGGUCUCAACCAUGACGAGAAGGAUCAAGUUCAACGAUUGGCCUAUCGCCACAAGGCCUAUGUUGUGCAAGACUACAUCAAGAAUGUUACUCAUGUAGUUGCACCAAUGGAUGACAAUCGCUGCUGUCCACGUACUAUCAAGGUGCUCAAGGCUAUCUUGUCCGGAGCAUGGCUUGUUGGAUUCAGCUGGGUACGCAACUCCCUUUUAGCCGGUGAAUAUGCUGAUGAAGUGGAACAUGAAAUUGAGGGUACUGGUGAGAAGCGUUACUUCGCCCCACGCAAAGGUCGUCUCAAUGCCUUGAAUCAGCUUCCUGGAUUAUUCGACGGCUGUUCCUUCUACCUGUAUGGUGACUUUUGUAGCGUUGCUCGUGAUGACCUCUCGGACUUGAUCCUGACUGGCAAAGGAAAGUUAUUGUCACGUGAGCCACGUGUGGACUGGCGUUUUCUGACCGAUGUUGACCACCAGCAGCAGCAGCAGCAGCGGCAGAGUGCUUCCUCGACUACACCUCCUGCUAGCAAGCGUGUCAAACAACAACGCAACAAAUCUGACUCUUCACCGGCCAUCUCUUCUAUUCCCACCGCCGCCGCUGCCACUACUGCCAGCUCCGCCACCGCUGCCACUGCAUCAUCGAGUACCAGUGCAACUGCUGCAGAUGUGGAGAGCGAUAGCAGCAGCAGCAGGUAUGUUACUGCAAAGGAUACUGGCAGCACAGGUCAUGUUGCUGAUCCAGAAACCCCGUUGGGAACGAUAACCACAGCCACAGCCACACUAACAUCACCAGUCACAUCUCCAGCAGCAGCAGCAGCAACGGCAAUGGCGGCAGAAGAAGUUCCAGCAGCAGCCGCGGCGGCGUCACUGGUGUCAGCACCUGCACCAAUGCCUAGGACAUUCCGCUUGACAGCAGCCCGGGCCAUCACUGUACCGUUUCAUGCCAGGGUCGGUAGUCCACUGGCGUACUGCAGUCAGUUCAUCCUGUAUGACCAUGCUGCUGAACGGCACCCGGCCAAACUCGUCACACCUCAUCUCUGCACUGUUAGCCUAGCGUGGCUGCUCGACUCCAUCUCUCACUUUGACCUUCGCGACAUUGAAGAUGAGCAGACUAUCCAAGAUGCGGCUUAGAAUAACAUCUCUCUGUCUUCUAGACCCAAUGUGAAUAAACUUUAUCCUCAUGGCUGACGUUAUACGCCACUGGUUAUUUAUGCACAGUUGUGCCUGCUUUAUGCACAGUUGUGCCUGCUUUAUGCACAGUUGUGCCUGCUUUAUGCACAGUUGUGCCUGCUUUAUGCACAGUUGUGCCUGCUUUAUGCACAGUUGUGCCUGCUUUACGCACAGUUGUGCCUGCUUUGCCCCCGUCCAGCAUGUACAUGACGUGUAUGUGUGUUGGUCUGUGUGUCUGUGUGUCUGUCUGUCUGUGUGUCUGUCUGUCUAUCUCUGUGUCCUUGCUACGUGUCGCGAUGUUUGUAUAACAUAUUUUACGUUCCAUUGAUGUCCUCUAUUCAAUACUUUAUCUUCUGUGGUGUUCGUAUUCUAGCACAUGAUCACUGAUCAGCACCAGACUAGUGCUAUUUCAGGUGAUUACUUAUAUUUAGUCCUUUAUUGAAUGCAAUGCAGGCAUUGUCACCCUUAGCAAGAGUACAUAACCCCAACACAAACUCUUGCCCUUAUUUAGCGCCCCUCCCCCGUCUCUCUCAAUUCAUAGAACCAUACCGAUAGGUUGCCGUCUACUCAUGCACUAUUUUAAUUGCAACAGUUGCUGCUGCUUCUGCUGUCUGCUAUCGUCCGCCUGUGCAUAAUAUUUUCUGCACGUUGUUCUUGCGAGUUGCAUGGCUAGUGUCAGUUUGCUUAUGGCCUUGUGCACUGUGUGUGUACGGUAGUACACAGUUUUAUCAAGAGUACAUAAUUAUGUACUCUUGUAUAAUAUGUACUCUUGGCACUUCAUUAUGAGAUUCACAAUGGAUUAGACAUGAACUCAGUAUUCAGUAACUGUG